UGGGGGAGCGGGAGGCGGGCGAGACUCUUCAGGCACUCGAAGCUAUUGCCGGGCUGGAAUAACACCGCUACCUUUCUAUCCGUCAGGACAUCAACUUCACCAUGGGGAAGCUGCUUGGACUCUGCACCGUGGUGCUGGCUUGUAUCACCAUUGGAUCUGCUCUUCAAUGCCUGCAGUGUAAAUUCACAGUUUUCAAUAUACCCUGCCAUACCUCAACUGUCACCUGUAACCCCGGAGAAGUUUGUGCUAUCAUCCAGGGAAGUGCUGUUAGUCAGAAGCUCAUCAAGAAGAAGAACUGCGUCCAGAGGGAAAAAUGUGACAAGAACAAUACUGAGAGCUACUUAGGCAUCAAAUACACCACCACCUACGAUUGUUGCGAUACCGACUUCUGCAAUUCAGGGGCCACCUUGCCCUCCGCUCACAUCUCUCUGCCUGUGCUUCUGGCCAUCGGAGGCACCUGGCUCCUCCGCUUCCUCUAAUCCUCUUUCCAGGAAGGAGAGAAAACACCAACUCUAGAAGAUGCCAAAGAUUAAGUCUGCGACCCUUCUCCUUUUUUUACCUGAAAGUAACGUCCAUGGAACUCCGGUGACAUAGACGAUUGUACUUUUAUCCUCUCAAGCACUGUAUUAAAUAGACACUCUCGCCUUUCCUUUUUAUUCAGAAACGCAUCUGUGGCUUAAUGGAGGCAUAUCCUCCAUUUUAGAGCAUAUGAAUGAAGCUUUAGGAAUUGAAGCUGCCUUAAUCUUCCUCCUCCUCUCCUCUUUUUUUUCAUUAUCUUCUACCUUUUCCAUUCCUUUUCCACUUAUUUUCAUCCUCUGCAAGCUUCUUUUUAAAACAGGGCUGGAAAAUUAGAGUCAGACCAGCUACAAGUCCAAUAGUCCCAUCUAGAUCACGGUUAAGAAAUACUGAUACCCAUCUCCCUUAGUCCCCCACCUUUUAAGCUUCUUCACCCCUUUGAGAUUUUACAUUUCCUCCUCUUGUACUAAAAGCUUCUGCCUAACCUGCUUUGUAUAUAUUUUUGUUCUGCUUUCUCAGCUCACAAGCUCAGUGUUGUGUUUUCUCUCCAAGGGUCUCAUUUCAAAUAAUUUUUCCCCCCAAACUAUGAUCACCAGUUGUGCCUUUUUCCUCGGCAUGGUGGGGGCUUUCUCUUUCUGCCAACGUUUCUCCUGAUGACAGUGUCGUGUCUAUGAGGGAGAUAAGGCAAUGGAAAGAGGAGUCCCCUUAAUGCAAUUCCUUACCCCCACCUUCCAUCCCAUUCCCUUAAAGAAAUAUGAUCUGUGGCCUCCCUGGGCAAAUAUUUGGUGACUCAGUAACUGGCAACAACGAGAGAAAGGGAGGUCUUCUGAGGCAAGCAACCCACUGGAUGGCUGGUGAAAAUAUGCCAAGGGCUGCUAUUUUGGGCUGACCCUGAGCCAAUUAUGUUUUAAAGGCCACAUACAUAACAUUCUGCAGAGGAGGGGUUGUGUUGUUCUGCUCCUACACACACACUCCUUCAGGAAGGAGAGAUGGAUUUAACCCUAUAUAUGCUGACAUUUCUGCCUUUGUCCCCAAAAUCUGCAGACAGUUUUCUUGCAUACGCCUACAAUAUCACCCACAUUAGGUUGCCUGAAUUCAGCAGGUCCUUUCAAGCACUUUUGCUGUGUGUGUAUGUGUGUGUGUGUGUGUGUGUGAGAGAGAGAGAGAGAGGUGAUAUGUGAUAUGUGAUAUAUAUAAUACUGGUAGUCCUCAACUUACAACCAGUGGUGGGAUUCAACCUUUUUUUAUUACCAAUUCUAUGAGAAAGCAUGCUCCGCGCAGCAAUCAAAAACCACCAAUUCUGAGCUUCAAACAGCUGAGGUGUGGCAAUCGGCUCAGCCGUGCGAAUCAGCUGAGCUCAAACCCAAGGAAAUAAAGGACAUGAAAGGGCAGGGGCAGGUGGGCAGGGCCAAUUGCUCAACAGCGCUACCGAUUCAUGAGAACCGGUGCGAACCGGCAGCAUCCCACCACUGUUUACAAUGGUUCAUUUAGUGACCGCCCAAAGUUAAAAUAGACCUGAAAAAAGGGACUCAUGACUCGUUUUUCACCCUUGUGACUGUUGCAGCAUCCCCAUGGUCACAUGAUUCAAAUUUAGACAACUGAACUCACAUUUAUAAUGGUUACAAUGUCCCGGAGUCAAUUCAUCCUCUUUGGUGACCUUCUGACAAGCAGAGACAACAGGGAAAUCAGAUUCACUUGAACAACCUUGAUAAUAACUUAACUACAGUGAUUCUCUUAACGGUGGUAAGAGAGGUCAUAAAACGGGCAAAACUCAACAACUGUCUCGCUUAGCAACAGAAAUUUUGGGCUCGAGUGUGGUCGUAAGUCAAGGACUACUGUAUUUGUAACCCGUCUGCUUUGCCUUCACCCAGUUCUUUGUUUUUCCAAUGUUGAAAAUUAUUCCUAUUUCCAUAUCAGUUUGCCAAUUUGUUUUAGGGUCAACAUUUGUAUAUCUUUGCUCUGAAUAUAUGGAUACGCACCCACACUUUCUCCAGUACAGUAUAAUUUUUUUAAAAAAAUACACAUAAGUAACAAGAUGUUUUUUUUAUAUAUAAUGUAAUACAUCUUUUCAUAUACAUUCCCCACGUGUAUACAUCCUUGGGUGGGGUGUGUGUUGUUUUUUGCUCUUUGGAGUUGUGAAAACAACCACUGAAUUUUAAUCACCGGCAUACAUAAUAGCUCCAUUUUCAGUUUUGGAAGUUCAGGUUCAUUCCAUUUGCUUCAGAACGCAAGCUGAACAGAUUUCUUCUCAUACUAGCUUGUACUAAAUAAAUGACAAACUGAAUAAAUCUCUGAACUAGUAGCAGUUUUCUUCCUGCUUUUAGUUUCUUAAAAAGACAACUUAAUGAAUCAGUCUAAGGAUUGCACAAACCGUGUUGAGAUAGUUUUCUAAUUUUGACAGAGUGCUCAGAAGUGGGACUGGGAAAAUGCUUUCUGAUCUUUUUCACAAGCAUGCAAUCUCAUCAAAGAAUUUCGGGAAGUUGUAGGUGGUCCUUGGAUCCAAGAUCACUAAAUGUUUGGGGGAGUUUUUCUUUGUUUUCCAAACACUUGUUCAGCUGUCACAAAAGCCUCUUGUUCAUUUUCCUCAUCUGAGAGAAUAGAUCAAAUUAUAAAGUAACGGAUAUGUUGAUCUAUGAUGGUGAUGAUUUUAUUUGAUGUAAUAUUGAGGGGAUAUUCCAAAAAAGGGGGCUUGAAAAACAGAGGGCAAUAUAGGGUAAACUGUACAGAUGAGGUAGGAGCAAGGAUAGUUGGAAGAAUGUAAAAGGUCUAAGGAAUGGUGUUUGUGUAAAUUAAAUUCAUUUCAUUUUCGUUUUGACCUUUCUUUUGCUUACUACUUUUUACUUUUCUGCACUUUAUGUAAUAUGGCUUACCCUGAAAGGGAACAGAGAGAUUGAUGUGCAUAUAUUUACUUUUAAAAAUUGCUUUUAAGUUUGUUUGAUAUUACUUUCAAAAUGUGCUUUCAAACAAUGAUAGAACUUCCAUAACAAAAUCUAAACAAUCAUUCUGACUAUUUUAUUAAGUUGAAAGGGAAGAAUUUAUCUGGAAAACCUAAGUGCAAGAUAGUUCUAAAGAAGAUCUAUUGGCUAUAGGUUUAUUCCCUCUUAUCUAGAAGCAAGUUCCAUUGAACUUAAUAACUUCUAUGUAUACCUGUAUUCUGUAAAAAUAAACAUGAGUGUUCCACAUA